AUGCUAACAAAAGAAGACUUCAAUGCGUUACUGGAGGCAAGAAAGACGUUGGUUAUUGACGGAGCUCUUGCGACCGAGUUGGAAAUUCGGAAUCWCGACCUCAAUCACGCCUUGUGGUCCGCGAAAGUUCUGAGGGACGACCCCCAGAGCAUCAAAGAAGUACACCUGGACUACUUUUUGGCGGGCGCGGACAUUGCUAUUACUGCCUCCUACCAAGCCUCGACCACAGGCUUGUCACAACAUUUCGAUCUCACCGAAGAUCAAGGCAAAGCGUUGAUCCGACGCAGCGUCGACGUAGCGCGGGAGGCACGUGAGGAGGCUUACCGAUCCGGAGUCCACCCUGACCGGAAGCUGCUGAUUGCUGGAAGCGUUGGGCCUUUUGGAGCAUACCUGGCAGAUGGCUCGGAGUACAGAGGCGACUAUAUUCGAACAGUGGAAGAGUUCAAGACCUUUCAUCGUCCAAGGAUCCAGGCUUUGAUUGAUGGUGGUGUGGAUCUCCUGGCUCUCGAAACUAUUCCUAGCAUGCUGGAGAUCCGAGCCCUCGUGAAUCUGUUACGAGAAGAAUUCUCAGCAGCGAUCGCAUGGCUGAGCUGUACCGUUUGCGACGCCAAAAGCCUCCCUGACAAUACGCCUUGGAAGGAAGUCGUCGAUGCUUUGACCGGGAUCGAUUCUCAAAUUGUUGGGGUUGGAAUCAACUGCGUGCCAAUGGCCGUCGCAACCGAUACACUGAAGAGUCUCCGUGCUUGCACCAAUCUUCCUCUAGUCUGCUACCCAAAUUCCGGCGAAACCUACGACGCUGUCACGAAAAAAUGGCAUGGCCAGCGACCGGAUGACACGAUCGAAGACCCUUCGACGGACGACGGCGAGACGGGAAUUGCCAUGGAAUGCCGCGACUGGACUUUUCAUGGAGCGAAGCUGAUAGGUGGAUGCUGCAGGACAGGCCCUGCAUUUGUGAAAGCCGUGGAACGAGCAUUGGAGCAUCAGCGCCGUUCGUAA